CUUUCUUAUCCCACACAAACAAUUAAUGAAGACUUGCGGCGGCAACGUUGAACAAUUACAGCUACAUCAGUUCUGCAAGCAAUCCAAACUGAUAAGCAAGCAUUCGAGAAAGGAGAGGAAGAUAUCGCGGAUGAUGAAUCACUGUCCAAGCAUUUGUGGGAGCGGCGGGAGCAACAUCUUCAGCCCAUUGAUCUCUUCAGCCUUCCACGUUCGGCUGCCGUUGAAGGAGUCUGCUUCCGACACGGUUAACGCCCCGUGCGUGGACUGGAAGGAGACGCCGGAAACUCACCUGUUUAUGGCGGAUCUUCCUGGGGUUAACAAGGAAGAUGUUAAGGUCGAAGUUGAGGAAGAUCGAGUUUUAAGGAUUGCCGGAGAAAGGAAGGAGGAGGAGGGGGAGGGGACGUGGCACCGGAGGGAGCGAAGGGGGGGAAAGUUCAGGAGGCAGUUCCGGUUGCCGGAGAAUGCGAAGACGGAAGAAGUAAAAGCCUCAAUGGAGAAUGGAGUUCUCACAGUGUUGAUCCCCAAAAAAGAAUUGAAGAAGGAUGUUGUGAAGAACGUUGAGAUCACUGGCUGAUCUGAAUUGCUAUUGCUUUUUUUGUCUUCCCUUCCCAUCCCAUCCCAUCUUAACUACUUGUCAUUUGUGUGAUUUUGCUUGUUCUUAGAGGAGAAGAAUAAAUUGCAAUUGGUUUCGCAAUUGUCAAUAUGUUUUCAUUAAUUUGUUCUAGAAAAUAUUUGUCUAAGGUCAAAUGAAAAAAAUGUGUAAUUGGUUUCAUAAAUGCUAAUUUUUAUGUC